AAUUCCUCUCUCCCUGUUCCCACAAAUCCCACUCUUUUUUCGGAUUUUCCUCUCGAUUCGAACUCCAUUCAAGAAAAGCAUCAAAACCCAGCAAAAUUUUUACUCUCUAGGUUAAAAUUAUUCGCUGAAAAUCCCUAAAUUUACCUUCUCCACCCAAAUUUAACCAUUUCCUUUCACCCCCAUCAGCAUAUUCACAAAACCCAGUUCUCUUCAAUUCCCCACUGUGUCCCUCUCUUCUCCCUUUUUCCGCUUCCAUAAUUCUCUCUGCGCAGAGGGACUUGGAAAACUUAAAAACAAAGUCCAAAACCCAUUUGUAUAUUUUCAUGUUUAGUGUACCAAUUGUUGUUAGAGUAUUACGAGUAUCUGAUUAUGCCCUUUUCACCUUUUUUGCAGCUUCUUAUUGUUCAGUAUUGUUGUUAUCAUUCUUGUUGCUCUGAAAAACCCGGCUUUCUUGUUGCCCUUUUGUUUCGAUACGAGUAUUCUCGGUUUUACUUCAAUGCAAGCCCUUGAUCUCCCAUGUAACCCUUGCGUAGACGCUCCUGCCCCCGAUCCCUCCGCCAUGCCUGAGCACAACUCGCCGAUCGAGUCCCCUAAACACCACUCCUCCAAAGACCCCGGGAAUGAAAGAACCCAUGUCGAAAGUAACACCAAGAAUGAGAAUAGUGUAAAGAAUAGCAGUGUUAGUAAAAACAAUGAUAGUAAUAGUGUAGUGGUUAGGAGGGAGAGGCCGUCGAGGGCGUGCACACAGCGAGCUGCAGCGAGGAUGCAGGCGGCUGCUGAGGCAGAGGCUGCAAUGGCGGAGGUGGAGAGGAAGAAGAAGAAGACUAGAAAGAGGGAAAGAUUGGCAGCGAGGCUGUUAAGGGAGGAGUCUGAGGAGGAGGAGUUGGAAGAGGAGGAAGUGAAGGAGGAGGAGAAUGGGUCUCCUUCAUCACGCUUGCAAUGCAGUAAGAUAGUAACGCCGUUGGUUGGAGAGUUGGAACCGUCGCAGUUGCCGCGCUGGGAUAUACGGUCCAUGUGGCAGUUGGCUUCUAUUCUCAAUUUCUUGAAUGUGUUUAGGCCCUUACUGAAUAUUAAAGUGGAGUUUUCUGCGGAGGAGUUUGAAACAGCUUUGAUUACUCCGAAUAGUACUUUGGGGGAUGUACAUAUGCCUCUGUUAAAGGCAAUUCCUCCUGUCACUAGAAUGGCUCUCAGCCACAGUACUUGGGUGACAGUUUUGUGCAGAAAAUUGAGAGAUUGGUGGCACUGGGUUGCUGAAGGAGAUAUACCCAUAGUUGCAUCACAUGGGGCUGAGGUUGAAGCAUACAAUACACUGGAUCCUGGGGUUAGAGUGGUGAUUCUGAAGGCAUUAUGUGAUAUCCGUGUUGAGCAAGAAGAUAUAAGGAGCUAUAUAGAGGACUCAAUAAAACAUGGUGUUCACCUUUCUGCAUUUCGCAAAGAACGUAUAGGUGGUGAUUCUCAUGGGGUCUCAUAUUGGUAUGAAGAUGAUCCCAUCAUUGGCCAUCGUCUGUACCGAGAGAUUAGGAAAGUUGAGGUGAAAAAAGGAAAAGGGAAGAAUAUUCCACCAAUUCCUCAUUCGUCUUACCAGUGGGAAGCAGUUGCAACUAAUUUUGAUGAAUUCUUGGAUGUUUCUGAGAAGCUGUUUUCAAGUAAAAAUAGAACAGAGGUUUCCGUUGGGAAGAAACUGAAAAACGACAUGCUUCCUGAAAUUGAGAAGGUCCACAAGAGGAAGGAGAAACUGCUAAAGAAACAGCAUAGACAAGCACUCAUGCUUGAUAGCAUGAUGAAUAUCGAUGGUCUUGGUGCUGGACGCUCUCUUCGCGAUAGGAAGCCCGUCACUUAUACUUUUGAUGAUUAUGAUCGAUCAAUUAAUGAGGCUUUAAAGGUCACCAAGAAAAGACAGCCAUCCCCAGAACCUUUUGAAAGAAGAGAUCCUCUUGUGAAACAGGAAGUUUCUACAAACGGUAGAUGGGGUGGCCCUUCACAAUACUCUCGACACGACUCUUUUAGUGCUCCGUCUCCAAAAUCACCCGACAAUGAUGAAUUGAAUGAUGAUCAGAAAACUGAGACAUUGGACCGCAGCAACCGCCGGAGGCAGAGGCCUCAGAGAUAUUCGGUGAAAGAGUAUGUCGAGGCUGUCUCAGAUAAUGAGGCAGAUUUUGACAGUGAUGAUGAUAUAGUUGGUGAAGUUGUAUAUGAUGAUGAAUACCUAAGGAGAAGGAAACAGAGGAGAAAAACAUCAAGUAGUUCAGAAGGCGAUGAGGAGUACCACUGGGAUGAAGAAAAUACUGAAGAGGAGGAAGAGGAAGAAGAUGAUGAUUCCUUAAGUACGAGUGUCGAGAGUGACAAGCCCCAUAGAUUAAAAAGAUUGCCAGGUCGCACUAGGAGGGAAACUAAACUGAGGUCGGUUGACGACCUCCAGUCGGGUCUUAGGCGCAGUAAAAGGGCAACCAGAAAUCGCAUCAACUAUAGGCAAUACGAGAUGUCUGAAUCAGAAACCGAAUUGAUGAAGCCAGAGAAGUCAAAUGCAUUACAUGAGUACUCUGACGAGAGUGAUAAUGCAGAGUUAUCGACGGGUAGCCAAGAUUCUGAGGAGAAAAUAAAUAAGCAGGAGAUCCAUGCCAAUGAACCUCCUGAGGAGUGUCCGGAGAUGGUUGACAAAAAGCAAACCAACCCUCCAGAACAAUCAAAUAACAGAGAAGAAGCAGCUGAUGGUGUUAGAGAAAGACAUUUUCUUGAUCUAAACGAGCUUGCUCCUGGUUCUGGAUUCGAUGAUGGUCCCACCUCGAUGAGAGACGAAGAUACGGAUGACUUGUAAAGUUUCUCUUCCACCAACAGCGCAGGUAUUUUCCCCUUGGUUAGCUGACUUGUACCAUAUUAUGUGGUAACACUCCAUGAAGGAAGUGGCUGUGAGGGCAUUCUUCCUUGCAAAGUUUUAAGUAAGAUCCUAAUAUUUUCCUGCAUUAAGCAGCAUGAUUUUGAGAAAGUUAUGUAGAUGUAGUCGAUUUUUUAGUAUGCCUACUUUAGGGAGAAACAAGGGAAAAAAAAACAUGAAAUGAGAUAUGGAUGGGAAAUUUGUUAGAGUAUUUGCUCUUCUGAUCUAAAAGCCAUUGUACAAUAACCUUUUAACUGAUAAUUUGUAGUGUAAGUUCUCUGUUAGAUUCUAUGGACUUUUCGUCCUAA